AUGGCUGCAACAAGGAAUCCACGACAGCUUCAGUUCAAGCUUGUCUUGCUCGGCGAGUCAGCGGUUGGCAAGUCGAGUCUAGUCCUGCGAUUCGUCAAGGACCAGUUCGAUGACUACCGCGAGAGCACGAUUGGAGCCGCUUUCCUCACACAGACCGUCAGCUUGGAUGCUCAGACCACAGUCAAGUUUGAGAUCUGGGACACGGCGGGACAGGAGCGAUACAAGUCGCUGGCACCCAUGUACUACCGUAACGCCAACUGCGCCGUGGUAGUGUACGACAUCACGCAGCCCUCGUCGCUGGACAAGGCCAAGGCAUGGAUCCGCGAGCUGCAGCGUCAAGCGGAUCCCAACAUCAUCAUUGCUCUCGCAGGAAACAAAGCCGACCUGGCGAGUACGCGUCGUGCCAUCUCGACCGAGGAGGCUGAGAAGUACGCACAGGAGGAGGGCCUGCUGUUCCUCGAGACGUCCGCCAAGGACUCUUCGAAUGUUUCGGAACUGUUCACGAUGAUCGCACGCAAGCUGCCAUUGGAACAGGCAGCUGAGCAGCGCGGUGCCGCUGGACGUGCUGGUGCGGCGGGUGCGGGUGCUGCAGGCGCAAGGCCAGGGGUCAACCUCGGAGGCCAGCAAAGCGGUCAGCAGCAAGACGCCUGCAACUGCUGA